AUCGCCAGUAUGGGAGACCCUUGACCAACAAUACUACAGCACACUGGAGUCAGGUUUCAAUAUAUAUGUAGCCCACGUCCACCUCAAGGCAAUUGGUAUCUCAGAAACAAUGGGUGGUUGGGCGAGUGCUGCAUCAGGACAGUAAGUGGAGUCUCUAAUCAAAAGCUCACAGUCGGACAUCAGAGCCAGGCAGCGGCAAGCUCGCAAUGUUCAUAACGCUGUCAAGAGCCGCAAACCGUCUCUUCAAGGUUUGAGGGAGAUCCAAGUCCUUUUGUACCUGAAAGCCAUAAUUGGAACCCCUUGGCAGGCCUCCAGUAACGGCAACGCAAGCAAUUCGCCUCCCACAGUCCCGUCGCGUUAUCCCAAAGGGUCUGGCUCGCCAACAAGGAUUCGGAUGCUUAAUCAAUGACGGGGACUGGAACUCCACUGCUCGUGCAAGCGGGCUGGCCCACUAGCUGGUGUAACGUCAUCCAAUGGGAGCUCCCUAAAUCACAAGGAACUGCGUCACUGCCCCUUCUAGCCCACGAGAAGCUUCAAAGUACCCCAGUCAGCACAGAAGAGCUCAAAAUUGUUGAAGAACUCGUCAAACCCAGCUCCAGCUCCAGCUCCAACUCCGUACACUAGGGAGAGUACGCGGUCAGCCUGUCGACUUGCCACCACGAAGAGGCCUUGCGACAACAAACUCAACAAAACUGAGAUUGACCAUGGGCGGCCGCUGGCUCGGAUUCUGGAUUUGAGGAGCAAAAAAUCCCAUACAAAAGCCCAUUCGCUUCUUUCUUAUUUUUCGCCUUUACGCAGCACAGGAUUUUACAAAAGACGGAGCGGUGCUUCGGGACGAACGAAUUUCCUUUCAGAGGCAACCCAGGGCAACAGCAACAUUUUUUUUUCUCCCGCGCGCAACACUCUUGACAAGGGACACCCACCAAACUACGGCAGGACGCUACGAUGCGUCUUUACCUCUUGCCCAUCUCCACGAGACGGACGCUGCUUUACUGCCAAAAGCUAGACGCGCCCGCAACACAGAAGCAGACGUGGGGGGAUUGGCUCCAGGGCAAAGCGGCGCGCACAUGGUCCGACUGGGAGCAGAAAGAGAAAGGCUGGCAAAAGAAGGUCGUCAGCUACGGCAACUACGCGCUCCGCCGGAUCCCCUACGAGGAAUGGGGUCUCAAGUCGGUGCCCCCGCUCUCCCAGCGCAGGAAGCAGGUCGAGCUGCGGGGCGAUGAGAAGGUCGAGGUGGUGUAUCCGAAGAGCCUGUUGCCCCUGGGGAAAGUCUCCAAGAUCCUGGAGGCCUUGGCCACCGAGAGGGAAAGCUUGCACAAGCAGAGGUUGGCGUGGUGUUUUGUUGGCAUGCCCGUCACGAUACCCAUUGGGCUGCUCCCCGUAAUCCCCAACCUUCCCUUUUUCUAUCUCGUCUACCGUGCCUGGUCUCACUGGCGUGCCUACGCAGGAGGGAAGCACAUCCAGUUCCUACUCAAAAACAACCUCCUAACCUACACCCCAUCCCCCGUGGUGGACGCUGUAUAUGCCGGUCAAGAGCAGCCGCUGCCGUCCACGCCAGAGCCAACCACCAGCCCGAACGCGGAACUGCUCGGUAACGAGAAGGUCCCAGGGCCUGAGAAUCCUCAUCCAGAGGGGGAGACCAUGCUGCUGAAUCAGGCCAACGGGCGGAAGAUGACCCAAGCGUUGGACCUACCGCAGUUGGAAAUCGAAUUGGAGAGGGCCAUCUGGCAGGUGGAAACGGCGGUUCAGCUCAGCAAGGAGGACAUUGCCGAGGAAAAUUCAAGGGGCGGCGAUGAGAAAAAGACGCAAUGACAUGGUUUGACGAGACAUUUUGGAAGGGUGACGAGUGUCAAUGUUGAUAAUGGCUGUAUGAUAUUGUAUUUACUACCUUUGUUCACGCAGCGAAUAGCACUGGUGCAUGGGAGAUAGAGCAGGGCAUGCAGGGUUCAGAAGCCGGCGUUCGACGAAUACACGAUACCCACUCAACUCGACUCUAUGCCAGUACAUGAGUGUUGGAACAAAGCCUUGGGACUGUAGAAGUGCUAUGUCUAGAAGCCUAAGCAGCCGAGUGAGAUAUUCAGCCAUAAUUAUACACCAUUGAGGAGCAAAUUUGUAAAGGAGCGCCAAGCAAGUAUGCCG